AUGACUAACCAAGUUGGCUUAAUUUAUCCUCCAUUUGAAUUAAGAACGACAAUUGAUAAGACUGCCAGCUUUGUAGCAAAAAAUGGGGAGGCGUUCGAAUCUAGAAUACUUAGUGAGUCAGGGAGUAUUAAGUUCACGUUUCUGAAUAAGGAUAAUCCUUUUCAUUUAUAUUACAAGAAACGACUUGAAGACUUUAAAAAUGGUAUUUCUAUUGAUGAUGGCGGACCUACGAUUCCUAGAGCUAUAUUAGAUAUGAAUAGUAGGAAGGAGAAACAAGAAGUUGCAGAAAAGGAAGUAUUGAUGCUAACAUCUUUCUGUGGAAACUUUGGGUUCAUGGGGGGUGCUGUAAUGGAGCCUGAAGAGCCCAGAAAAGAUCAAUACACUGUUUCUCAUCCUAUGAUUUCAAUAAAGGACGAGUCAGUAAUAAAAAUUACAGCAAUGUAUUUGUCUAGGAACGGGCAAUCUUUUUUAUCGGAGUUAACUAGUAGAGAGGCAAAUAACCCUCAGUUUGAUUUUUUGAAACCUGGGCACGCAUUAUUUGGAUACUUUGCGGACCUAGUCGAAACUUACUCACUUUGUUUAAUUCCAAAUAAGAAUUAUCUAAUGCAGAUGAAAAAAGAAGCCGAAGAUCUACAGAUGAUAUUCAGGCGUUGUUAUAAGAACAGCCUUUGGAGAAAGAAGGAAAUUGACUCAAACAGUGAUUUAUUAGAAUUAGAAAAUAAAGACCAUAUAGACUUGGAAUGGGUGGCAAUCAACAUUGUUGAAACUGUUGAUUUUGAAGAUAUAUGUACUGACCUGCCUGAACCAGUCGAUUUUUCAACUCUUUCAAAGGUAGUUUUGGAGUCUUCCUUAGACACUCUAAAUGAGCAUGAUAGGAAGGAUCUUUUAGAGGACGAAAUUCAAAGCGAAGAGAGACAGAUUAACGUUUUAGUUGUAGAGAAGGAAAGAGCAAAUGAUAUGGAAGUUUCUAAUGAAGUAAAUAACGGAAAAAAUGAUGAUGCUUCUGAACAAGAAGAAUUUAAAAAUAUUAAAAUAAUAAAGAACUAUGUUAGAGUACCAAAAAAGAGGGGAUAUGCCACCAAGGCAGAAGAACAAAGCUUGAAAGGAAAAAUGUACAGAUGUCCAAUUACAGGUCAGUCAAUUCCAGUUGAGGAGAUUUCAAAUCAUAUGAGGAUUCUACUGUUAGACCCGAAGUGGAAACAACAGAAGGACCAAUUAAUACAGAGGGCGCAACAAGAUUCUGCCUUCACAGCAUCUUCAAACAUAGAAGAAAAUCUGGCUGCCUUUGUUUCAAAGCGUCCCGAUCUCUUCGGCACAAUAGAAGAGGCGGUGGCAGGGAGCCACGGUUUUGAGGAUACAGGGGGAAAGAACAAGAAACAAAAGUUUCAGUAG